AUGGCCGAGGCCGUCGGCUUAGACAAGACAAGUGUAGUUUUUCUGCUUCUCCUCACUAUUUCUCCUCGGCCCGUGUCGCUUUGGCUUCUUGGUCUCCGUCCAGAAGAUACAAUGGGCGGCCGCGUAUCUCUAGAAGGGGGGACCCUUAGGGCGGCCGAGGGAACCCGCUUCACAUUGCGGGUGUAUUUCGAUCCGACGCUUUUUACUUUGCAGUCUCAGCAGCACCAGAGUACCGAGAACGGCAGCAGCCCUAAGCUGGUGUUCGUUGAAGAGCCGCGGCCGGGCAACACUAAUGACAACCCGUGUCAGGAUGAGGAUAGCUGGGCAUCAGACGUGGAGGUGUUGGGUCCCCUAACGCCGUCUCCUCCAGGUGGAUCUGCAGUGGUGGAGGUGCAGGUGAGGGAGCUGCGUAAAGGCGAACGGGGCAAACUCUUCUCCUUAUGCGCCUUUGACGGACGCCGCUGGGAGCAUCACGGAGGAGACCACUUUAUACUGGAGGUGCGAGAAUCCGUGCCAGGGAUGCCCGCCUGGCUCCGGGCCCUCGUGUCUCUGCUGUUAAUCGGAAUGUCAGCCUUGUUUAGUGGGCUUCGCCUCAGUCUACUCUCCCUGGACCCAGUGGAGCUGCGGGUGCUGCAGAAUAGCGGCUCCCCUGCAGAGAAAGAGCACGCCCGCCGGGUACAGUCAGUCCGCAGCCGUGGAUCCUACUUGUUGUGCACUUUGCUAUUGGGUAACGCGCUUGCCAAUGCUUCAUUAGCCGGAUGGUUGUGUCUGUCUCUCCCUGCUACCUCCCAGUCCUCCUCUGCACCCAGCACAGUCAGCAGUUUUUGGCUGCCAGUCUUGGUGUGUACUGUGUGCGUUUUUCUAGGAGGCGAGGUAGCCCCGUACUCUGUGUGCUCCCGGCACGGCCUGGCGAUAGCAUCGCGCACGGUGUGGCUCACUCGCCUGCUGAUGGCUGUCACCUUCCCCGUGUCCUUUCCUUUGAGCCGCUUGCUGGAUUGGGCGCUGCGGCAGGAGAUCAGCACCUUCUACACGCGGGAGAAACUGCUGGAGAUGCUACGUGCGGCCGAUCCCUACAAUGACUUGGUAAAAGAGGAGCUGAACAUCAUUCAGGGGGCCCUGGAGCUGCGUACCAAGGCGGUGGAGGAUGUGCUUACCCCGCUAGGAGAUUGCUUCAUGCUGCGGUCUGAUGCUGUGCUGGACUUCAGCACGAUGUCCGAGAUCCUGCGCAGCGGAUACACUCGCAUCCCUGUGUAUGAGGGCGAACACCGGGCUAAUAUCGUGGAUAUUCUUUUUGUGAAAGAUUUGGCUUUUGUGGACCCGGAUGACUGCACUCCUUUACAGACUGUGACCCGAUUUUACCACAGACCUCUACACUGUGUUUUUAAUGACACCCGUCUGGAUGCUGUGCUGGAGGAGUUCAAAAAGGGUAAAUCACAUCUGGCACUAGUUCAGAGAGUUAAUAAUGAAGGAGAAGGAGAUCCAUUUUAUGAAGUGAUGGGCAUUGUCACACUAGAGGACAUUAUAGAAGAAAUCAUUAAAUCAGAAAUCCUCGAUGAAACAGAUCUAUAUACUGAUAACAGAAAAAAAGAGAGAAUCCCUCACAGAGAGAGGAAGCAGCAUGACUUUUCACUCUUCAAGCUCUCAGACAGCGAGAUAAAAGUUAAGAUUUCUCCACAACUUCUUCUGGCCACACAUAGGUUCAUGGCAACAGAGGUUGAGCCUUUUAAAACUACAUACCUUUCUGAGAAAAUUCUACUACGUCUUCUCAAGCACCCAAAUGUAAUCCAAGAAAUGAAGUUUGAUGAGAAAAAUAAGAAGUCAUCAGAACAUUAUCUUUACCAACGUAAUCGACCUGUGGAUUAUUUUAUAUUAAUCCUUCAAGGUAAGGUAGAAGUGGAAGUUGGUAAAGAGGGAUUAAGAUUUGAAAAUGGUGCUUUUACUUAUUACGGAGUUCCUGCUAUCUUGUCUACAACUUGUUCAGAUAAUGAUGUGAGGAAAGUUGGAAGUCUUGCUGGAUCAUCCUUCCUCUUACCUGUGUCCGUAUCUCGCACGUUCGCUUUCAGCAGAGGGGAAUCUUUGGCUGGCUCCCCAGUAAACAGAUCCCCUUCUCGCUGUAGUGGUUUGAACCGUUCUGAAUCUCCUAACCGUGAAAGGAAUGACUAUGGGGGCAGCACCAACCAAUUAAGCAAUAGCAACAACAAUCUUUAUAUACCAGAUUACUCUGUACAUAUCCUUUGCGAUGUGCAGUUCAUUAAGAUUACACGACAACAGUAUCAAAACGCACUAGCUGCCAGUCGAAUGGACACAUCGCCCCAGUCUCCUGAAAUUGAAGUUUUCAAUGACAGUGAUUCUGCCAAAGUCUCAAAAUGCCACAAAAACUCAGAGUCGCCAAAAGAGGAUACCAUAACCACUAUAGUACAUGACAGACAAAGCAAUUUUGGUAGCAAAUCAGAUGGGCUUAAAAGUCCCAAUGACUCCGUGUUUUUGCACAUGGAUGAGAUCCCACGUAUAAAGGAAGAUCUGGCUGACAAUGAAAACAUAACAAUAAAGACCAAAGAUUGCUGUAAUGUUAAUUUGGAUCCAGAACAUUCCACUACAGAAAUUAUCCUCAGUUCACCUCUGACAAGUAGUGAAGAAACCCUGGGAAAGAAGUUGCUGAGAACCUUAAGUGGUAAAACCAGAAAAAAAUCAAAGGACGCUGAGAAAAGCCCAGAAGAGAAUUCUAAUGUUAUGCAUUUAAUCACAUAAAAAUACGGAACACUGACAAAUGAUCUCACAACAUACAAUGGCUGCUAGACGAAAAUGUUAUUUUAUCUA